GGUUGUGUUUACAUUUUUGAGGCAUACAAGGUAUACUGGACAGCAUGUCUCAAAGGAGUUCAUACAGGACAGAUGGUUCUACGAUUAGUUGAAGCUAUUGAUGUUUAUCUUGCUGGUACUGUCAUGCUGAUAUUUGGAAUGGGAUUGUAUGGACUAUUUAUCAGUAAUGAGCCUCCUGGUGUAUCCUCCAAAGCUUCUUCCAAGGGAUCUUCCUUGUUUGGGAUGUUCGCAUUGAAGGAGAGACCUAAAUGGAUGAAAAUCAGCUCACUGGAUGAAUUGAAGACAAAGGUGGGACAUGUUAUUGUCAUGAUUCUUCUCGUAAAAAUGUUUGAGAAGAGCAAGAUGGUGACAAUAGCUACUGGAUUAGAUCUUCUAAGUUACUCUGUAUGUAUUUUCUUGUCAUCUGCUUCUUUGUACAUUCUUCAUAAUCUCCAUAAGUCAGAAUAAGGUUACUUGAGAAAAUGUCAGAUAACAAAUCCUCUUGCCUGUAUUUUAUUAUAUGUAAUAAGCUUAUUUGAGAACAUGUCAGAUAACCAAUAGCUACUGGAAUGGAUCUUCUAUUUAACUCUGUA